CAGGCUCUGGCCCAACGGACCGUCACGGUUCCGUACUAACAGUCGUUAUACCGAAUCACUCUUCCCCCGUGCGGGCUUGCAAGACCACCUCGCUUGGUCAACGUCUCACACCCGGCUUGACUAGAAGAUACCUGCCUCGACUCCGCAAAAAUUUGUCAGAAUGAAGUUCAGUCCUCUCAAAUUGUUGGCGAUAGCCGUGGGAGCUGUCAGCAUCACAGCACCGGCUUUAGGAUGCGGUGCACCAGUCAGCGAUGCGCUCCCCGCCGUCAAGGAUAAAUUUGCAGCUCUCGCAGCGCACAUGGGGACCAUGGUUGCCGGCCAAGUCGACGGUCAGAACAUCACGAUCAAAGCCGCUCUGGAGGUUCAGGCAGCCAUUCAAAAGGCCACUGACACCGCCGGCAAGUGUACAGGUGCAAUCUUGGACGGAGAUGUCGAGGUCAUUGUUGGUCACCUGUCAGGCAUCCAUGCCCACGUCAAGUCUACCAUCUCCAACUUCACUCAAGCAGGAGGUGUGCUCAACGUCGAGCUCGUCGUGGACCACAUGAUGACGAUCGACUUGCACCUGAAGGUCCUGCUCAAGUCCAUGCACGGCAUCUCGUGAGUGCAGGAGACCUCGACGCGACUCGCCUCGCCUCGCCACGCUUUGCUCUUCAUCGCUGACGCGUAGCGUCGUCGUCCAUAGGGUCACUGGAGAGGUCGGCACACAAGUUGUGAAAGGAGGUGCUCCUGCCGUCGCUGUAAGUGCUGAUCGAGUGGUGGUGUUCGAAGCAAUACUAACCGUGCU